UAAAAUGCUCCAUUUUCACUUUCUCUGAACUUAGAGAUAGCCUGCACCCCUAGUGAACUAUCUUUUUCAGAUUAAAGCUAGCCAUACGUGUUCUGUGCAGUGAAACUCGUGUUUAGUCAAAUACUUUUACUUUUCACAGAAAAAUUUAGUCAAAAAGUACGACCCUUAUUAAUAUUUUCCAAUUUCGCAGAUACGAUUUCGCACAUGUGCUAAGGUCGAAUCCACAUAUGUUUUUGGGUAUAGGUAGUAUGCGACCUAUACUACUUUGCUGCGUAGACCGAAAUAUGACGCCUGUAAAAUGCUUUUACUAAAAAGUUUUUACUUUCUUACUGUUCUUUCCCAAAGAGAAAGAAAAGGAAAGUAUGAUAUAACUUUCUUUUGUGUUUUUCUUAAUUGCAGAAAGCACUUCGAAGCAAAACCAGGCACAUGUUCAUGAUCAGCGUCGAAAACUGAACCGAGUAGUGUGUUUUGUGGGAAAAAAAUACUCUCGGAAAGUUUUCGCGAGACACAUCACUCGUUUCAGUUUUCGGCGCUGAUUAUGAAUAUGAGCCUGAUUUUGCUUCGAAGUGCUUUCUGUAUAAAGAAAAACACAAAAGAAAGUUAUAUCAUACUUUCCUUUCCUUUCCUUUUGGGAAGGAACAGUAAGAAAGUAAAAACUUUCCUUUUCCAAAAGAAAGGAAAGUCAGUUUUUACUUGUCCUUCUUUGGGAAAGAAAUGAGAAAGUGCCAUCCUGGGUUUGAUGAUUAGCAUACCAGCUGGUAAACCAGGCGUCGAAUGAGGCCUUCGAAAAUUGGCGUCGACAUUUGACUAUGGACAAGUGGAAUACGUCGAAUUAUGUUGUUUCGUUCAUUCAUCGAAAUGGGCAACUGGUCAAACAUGACUUUGUCGUACAUGUGUUAAAUGAUCAUUUUCAUCUGCCGGUUAAAGGAGACAUCGAGGGACUAGAUAGUAUUCGCGAUCUUUUUGAGGAUUUCGAGCCAUAACAUUUGCUUGUUGCACAUAACAUGUGAACACGUGCGUAAAACACACAAGAAAAGAAAGUUGAUGAGCGGUAACUGGUGUGGUCAUCGAUAGAUGAAAAAAUCAAGAUCUAUCGAGCCGAUAGCUCUAAAAUUUUUGCCACAGCUACUCGGUAACCGGGUCUGUUGGAGAAAAAAAUUUGAUUGGUCAACUCUUUAUAGAAGCUGAAAAGCAAAAAAAUCGGUGCUAAAUUAGUUUUGCUUAUCCAGACAAUGAAGUGGUCAUAUCUCAACAACGAAGGCUGGUGGGCCUGAACUAUUUUGAGUUCUUUCAGCUCUCGUCGAGGUCUAUUUGUGGCCAAAAGAUGGGCUCAAAAAUUCUACUCUCAGCCAAGAUCUGAUCAUUUGUGAGUUUUUAUUCAGGUUCAUUUAAUCAAACAAAAUUCGAACAACUGCCUAAUGAAAUAAUAGUCGAAACAUUUGACUAUUUGGAAGGCACAGAUUUGUUAUUUGCAUUUAAUAAUAUUAAUUAUCGUACUAAUAAACUUUUACAGUCAUACUAUCGUUAUCGUUUCAAUUUUCAACAUAUAAAAAAAUCAAAGUUUGAUCGUAUUUUACAACAACAAAAACAACAACAAAUAAAAUCAGAACAAAUUCAAUCAUUAACUUUAGUUGAAGGUGACGAUACUUGUGGACAACUUACGUUACUUUUAUCGUUAUCAUUAAUUGAAUAUUACUAUGAACAUCUUCAAUCAUUAUCAUUAUAUUAUAUGAAUAACGAUCAAAUAGAAUUUAUAUUACCAAAUUUAUAUUUGUUUCAAAAAUUAACUCAUAUCAACGUUCACACACCACCAGGUUCAGUAAAUGGUACUGAAGAAUGGCUAGUUGAACCUCAAAUUAUAUCAAGUAAUAUUACUUAUAAAUAUAAUCAAUUGAAAUUACAAGUCUUAACAACAUCGUUUUCGACAUCAUCAACUAUUGAAUAUUUAACAAUCGAUCAUUACGAUAUUCAUCAAUUAGAACAAUUGUUUUAA